GGUUCUUUACCGGGUCCGGCAGCUGAAGCUCGGCGUUCGGGUUACCCCUGCAGCGACGCCCCCUGGUCCCACCGGUACCACUGCUGCUCCCGCCCCUUCGCUUCUCGGCCGCGCAAUGGGCACCCGCGACGACGAGUACGACUACCUCUUCAAAGUUGUUCUUAUUGGAGAUUCUGGUGUUGGAAAGAGUAAUCUCCUGUCUCGAUUUACUCGAAAUGAGUUUAAUCUUGAAAGCAAGAGCACCAUUGGAGUAGAGUUUGCAACAAGAAGCAUCCAGGUUGAUGGGAAAACAAUAAAGGCACAAAUAUGGGACACAGCAGGGCAAGAACGAUACCGUGCUAUAACAUCAGCAUACUAUCGUGGAGCUGUAGGUGCCUUAUUGGUUUAUGACAUUGCUAAACAUCUCACAUACGAAAAUGUAGAGCGAUGGCUGAAAGAACUAAGAGAUCACGCUGAUAGUAACAUUGUUAUCAUGCUUGUGGGCAAUAAGAGUGAUUUGCGCCAUCUCAGGGCAGUUCCUACAGAUGAAGCAAGAGCUUUUGCAGAAAAAAAUGGUUUGUCAUUCAUUGAGACAUCUGCUCUAGACUCUACAAAUGUGGAAGCUGCUUUUCAGACAAUCUUGACAGAGAUAUACCGCAUUGUUUCUCAGAAGCAAAUGUCAGACAGACGUGAAAAUGACAUGUCUCCAAGCAACAAUGUGGUUCCUAUUCAUGUUCCACCAACCACUGAAAACAAGCCAAAGGUGCAGUGCUGUCAGAACAUAUAAGGCGUUUCUCUUCUCCCCUAGAAGGCUGUGUAUAGUCCAAUUCCCAGGUCUGAGAUUUAAAUAUAUUUGUAAUUCUUGUGGUCA